AUGGCCUUAUGUUAUGCCCAGAACAACAUCGAUACGGCGGCGCUUCAACGGUUUGGGUCAUACGUAAAGCCUGACCCCAUCGCCCGGAAAAGGGAUAACGGUAUGGCCGACAACGUGAGGGCGGCGGCCGAGGCUCAUGACCGCAAGUUCUACAUCAUGUGGGAUAUCACCGGAUGGACUAAAUUCGCCGCCGAACUCAUCGAGGACUACGACAACAACAUCAAGCGUCUGACGACAAGUAAGGCCUACGCCCACCAGAACGGCAAACCCGUGGUCUGCAUCUGGGGCUUCGGGUUUGCUAACCGUCCGCAGGACACAAAGGGUGCGCUCGAUGUCAUCGAGCAACUCAAGCAAAGGGGUGUUUACGUGGCGGGCGGUGUGCAGACCCAGUGGCGCACCGACACCACCGCCUGGAAGGACGUCUACCUAAAGCUCGAUAUGUUGCAGCCCUGGGCGGUCGGCCGCUUUGGGGGCGUCAAAGGGGCCGAGGGUCAUAAAAAGGUGUUGGAGGCCGACCACAACACACUGAAGCAGCUUAACAUUGAUUUUCAGCCGGUUCUAUUUCCGGGUUUCUCGUGGGCUAACUGGGAGCCAAAAGCUAUACAAAACCAUAUCCCGCGUGAGCAUGGUGACUUCAUGUGGCGUCAGUUCGUGAACGUGCGAGAGCUGGACAUCCCGUCGUGUUAUGUGGCGAUGUUUGACGAGUACGACGAGGGGACGGCCAUCGCAAAGGCGGCC